CUGAGCGGGGCAGGCGCAGACAUGGGCAGGGGCAUGGACGCGGCCGGCGAGCAGAGCCAGGUAGUGGGCUGUCGAGAUAGCUAGCCUCUCUGCUUCUGCCUAUCGAUAUACAGAGGGCAGAUCCAGGUGGAUAGUCACCCAACAUUUCAAGCUGAAGAUAAAAACAUUAUAGAAAAAGAUUCCCUUGAUAAAAGGCAACAGUUAGAUCCAGCAGCACAAUACAAAAUGAACCACAAGAGAAGAGGUCUUGCUUUGAUCUUCAAUCACGAACGUUUCAACUGGCAUUUAACGCUGCCAGAUAGACGUGGGACAUUUGCAGACAAAGAGAAUCUGAAGCGCAGUUUGACAAACCUUGGAUUUGAAGUCAAAUGCUUUGAUGACCUAAAAGUAGAAGAAGUGUUGCAGAACAUUUCUGAAGUGUCAGUGGAUGACCACAGUGAUGCAGACUGCUUUGUGUGUGUGUUCCUAAGCCAUGGUGAAGAUGAUCAUGUGUAUGCCUAUGAUGCUAAAAUUAAAAUUCAGAUGAUGACAAACAUGUUCCGAGGAGACAAAUGCCCAAGCCUAGUAGGAAAACCUAAGAUAUUUAUAAUUCAGGCAUGUCGUGGAGAUAAACACGAUGAGGCAGUUUAUGUUCAGGAUGCAGUGGACUAUACUUUAGAAGAGUCAGAGAACAACAUAACUGAAGUAGAUGCAGCUGGUGUCUAUACAUUACCUGCUGGUGCAGACUUUCUAAUGUGCUACUCUGUUGCUGAAGGUUACUAUUCUCAUCGUGAAACUAUAAAUGGUUCCUGGUACAUUCAAGACUUAUGUGAGAUGGUGCGACAUUAUGGUUCGUCCUUGGAGUUCACGGAACUUCUCACUCUGGUUAACAGGAAAGUAUCUCAUCGCAAAGUAGAUAUGUGCAGAGACCAUAGUGCAGUAGGCAAGAAGCAGAUUCCUUGUUUUGCUUCCAUGCUGACUAGAAAGUUGUACUUUCCUCCAAAAUCCAAGUAGAGAUGUGUAGCAGUGAGAGCUACAUCUCAUUUCAUAGUUUACUCCAAAACAUGAAAAAUAUUUCUUCUUGUUAAUCUUAAUUUACACUGGGUGAACGGUUAUACUGUUUUUCACUGCAGUUACAGAACUGCACAGUUAUUGAAACUAGGGGUGCACUGAUAAAGAUUUCCUUGACCAGUACCAAUAGUUGAUAAUUAACCAGCCAUACUGGCCGAUGCCCAUCCGAUAACCGAUAUUUAGUAAUAGUGCAAGGCAUUUUAAACUAUUGACAUAAAUAAACUGUAACAGGUUGCCCUCCCCAGUGCCAUCUUCCUGGUCAUCUGCAUCUUAUGUGGGGCACCCUUGAAGCCCUCUUGGAAUUCUUCUGUCCCGCCCUAAUCUCUCCUGCCACGUCUUGAUGGAAAUUAUUAUGUGAGCAGGAGACUGCCUAUUAUAUUGGAUACGUUGGGGUCUCUCCUAGGAUGGCCUGACGCCUUUUUCUCUAGCUAGGCCUCCCCAUCCAAACCCACCACACAGGUUCGACUCUGAGGCUCUAGCUUUUCCUUCUAGUGCCUGGAGGCUCGUGGCCCCCUUUUCUGCUCCCUUCUGGAGCAUGGCACUCCCUGGCCCAGAGGCACAGGUGCCAGCCCCACAACGAGGGGGGCCGCAAGUUCAAAACCAGCAUGUGACCCCACCAGUCCAAACAAAACAAAACAAUAUACCUGCACCCACCCCCCAGGUGCACCAGGCCUCCCCGGCCUUUUUAAGAUUGUCCCUUGAGCGCUGGGGUUUGUGUCGUCCCAAGCUUCACCCUUACUGGCUCUCGGGCUUUCCGCAGCCCUGUCGCACUCUGCGUCUCACUGGUGCCGGGGCUGUGCCCCCCCCCACAAAAGCUGUGCCUUCACUGGCACAGGGGCUUCCACUCCGGAGUGGGUCCCCAAAAAUGAGGCCUCCUCCAAUAAUAGCCUCACCCAAACCUCCGGUAUUAUUCAAUAAUCACAAAAUAAUAAGAAUAAUAAUAAUAAGAAUAACUGCACGUGCUUAAUCAACGCAGCGGGUCAGCUUACAUGAACUCUCUGAGUCUUGGCUCUGCGCCUCCCGCUACAGUCCUGGUUGCGGACGCAGUCGUCAUCUCACAGGGGCUUCCAUAGCUUCCCCCUUCCUACCAUGGACCGCUCCCCAGACUUCUUCCUGGAGCUCUCAGAGGCACUGCUUCCCCUUCGGCUGCUGACCCCCUUUUAAAGCCAUUCAACCCAGGGUUUUUAUAGUCCUGCCUCUUCCGGUCAGCUGACUAGCCGUCCCAGUUCAGCAGUUAAUCCCUUCCUCACCAGCCCUCCGUGCCCAGAAGGUUCUGGCCUUAUGGGGGCGCACCUUCUUCCUCGUGACAGGGUCAGGGUUCCCUGUCACACAAACCAUUUUUGUUUGUUUUGCAUUUUUAACACACAUGCCUCCCUGCUUUGGCCCUUCAUGAGGAAGGCGGUGACCACCUUAUUUCCACACGUUGCCUCCUUGCCCAUGGCUCCUACCCACAGCCCUGCUCCUGCACAGCCUGUGCUGCCAUCCCAGGUAGGUUGGGCAGACUCUUGCACAGACAGUGGCGCUGAGCACAUUCAGGGCCCGAGCACACCGCUGCCUCAGUGUUGGCGAGCCCCAUGCAGCCGAGCUCCCACAGCUGCUGGGGAGAAACCGCUUUUGCAAAGGCAUCCGGUGCUCAGCACAGUGGAGCAUCCCUCACACGUGCCUUACCCUGCCCAUGGGUAUCCCAGUGCCUCUGCAGCAGCCCCAGCACUCAGGGCCCUACUGCGUGUGCAGCAUUGCCAUGGUAGCAGAAGUGGGAGCCAGUAACAGUCCUUUUGUUGCUGAGCACGGUGCCCUGGGACCGCUCCCCAGCACCGCGCCCCUCCCCCCCCAAACUGCUUGCUGUAGUCUGCGAGGGCUCAGGCCAGCAGCGGAGCACAGGGACCAGACUUGCACUCGCCAUGGUGCUCCAGGCAUGUGGCUGUAAUUAUUGGAAACAACAACCAAAAAAAAGCCAAUAACAUAAUUUCUCCUUUUAUUGGUGUGGAUCCAAUAGCCAACCAAUAUAUCAGUGCACCCCUAAUUGAAACCAUGAAUCUUCCUCUACAACAGCGAUUCCCAAUCUGUGGUACACAUACCACCAAUGGUAUGCAGAUAACUUGUCAGUGGUAUGUGUUAGCAGAUUAUUAAUCUGUUUAAUAAUCUGUGUAAUUAAUCAUUACUUUAUAUGACAAAGAUUUGCUGGUGGUACUUAAUGUUGUAUCAUUUUAAAUUGGUGCUGCGCAAUCUGUCAGAGUUUGGGAACCACUGCUCUACAAGAUGAAUGUUGGGAUCAGAUUUCAGACUUAGCAAAGCAGUACUUUUUAUAAAUCAUCAUUGUAGCAAUAGCAGUCUCAGGGAAUUUGAAAACAAUCGUUGUAAUAAUGACUUCCAUAUACUAAUAGUGUGAGGCAUUCAGAUACUAUGUAGAUGGGAGCCAUACGUUCCGAAGAUGGAAAUCAGUAAAUCACUGUUUGGCUAGUGCUUGAAUAGUUUCUUGUUGUCUACUUUUCUAAUUAUGAUGCAUUUUGUAAUUUUUCACGGAUUCUCAAAACUGCAUUUGCUUUUUUUUUGCACUGACAGAACAGUUUCCUGAGAAUGAAAGUAAUGUUCAUCUGUGGGAAUUUUUCUGUAUCUUCACAAAUAUUUUAAUACAUUUUACAGUGUAUGUGCAGUUUGUUUUUCUAGGCUUCCAACUUGUAUAAUUUGUGAUAUGAUUUGUGAUACAUCUACAUUUUAAAAACAAGCUGUGUUUGGGCUCUUCCUUACUGGAUUGGUACUUUAUCCGUCAACAUUAGACUGCAGCUGUAAUCAGAAAAAUGACUAUAUAAUAUAGAUCUCCUUUCACUUACAUGAUAGCUGUAUUCUUUUUACAACCCAGAGAAGACUAAUUUCAAAUUAUAUUCUUUUUAUAAUCCAAGCCAACCCCUCCCCCACAAUUUCCUGUGCCUUUUCUUCAGAUAAGAGUAACAAAAAGAUUGCAAUCUGAAGUUACUUGAAAACAAUGCUGAGUAGACUUGUCAGCUUCUUAGGGUAAGUUAACCUGCACUGAGCUCCAUUUCUGAUGCCUGAAUUAGCUCAGUUAAAAGGUGAUUUAAGUAACUUGACAGUCUCCAGUGGAAACAUUACUUUA